UGUGGGGGUGUGGGUCUAAUGCGGCCCAGUGCAGAGCCACAGUCACACACAGUGCUGCCCUGAAGAUGUAACAUGGCGUUAGCUGGCAGCGGGUGCUUGUUCCUGCUGCUGCUGUGCCACGGGCUGGCCGAGCGGUCUGGCCGCUGGGAGCGGAGCGGAGCGUCGGCAUCCGAGGGGCCGAAGCGGCUGCCUCACCCCUUGCUCUACUUCGACCCCCGCGACGUGAGCAAUCUGCGCCAGAAGUCCCACAGCAGCGGCCAUUCAGCCAUCACCCGGGCUAUCAGGAACGCUGUUGGUACCAUGUUGGGCAAACCCAGCUUCUACCUCCCCCCCAGUGACUACCUCAGCUUCUCUGCCAAGUGGAACGAGGUCUAUGGCAACAACCUUGGGGUGCUGUCCCUCUAUUGCCUCCUGUACCCAGAGGACCAGGCAGCUCUAGACUUCACCCUGGACUAUAUGGACCGGAUGGCCAGUUACCCUCAGUGGCAGGUCAGGGUGGCACCCAACGACGAGGUGCCAGUCGCCCACUCCCUGACUGGCUUUGCCACGGCUUUUGACUUCCUCUACCCGUCCCUGGAUGCAGCCCGGAGGCAGAGCUACCUGGAGAAGAUCCAUGGGGUCACCAAGGAGCUGUACGAAUUCUCCAAGUACCGGGCUUGGGGUAAACACUACCUGCAUAACCACCAAGCAACCAACAUUGUGGCACUGCUGGUGGGCGCUCUGGUGCUGAGCCCCCACCGGCCCCAGACUGCCCUGUUGUGCAAGCAGAUCGCCGUCGAUGUGAUGGAGAAGACCAUGUUCCUGCUCGACCAUGUUGUGGACGGCUCCCUGGAUGAAGGUGUUGCCUAUGGCAGCUACACCGCCCGCUCCAUCACCCAGUACGUGGCCCUGGCGCUGCGCCACUUCCACCUCAACCACACCGGGAGCCCCUGGCUGAAGCAGCAUUUCUGGUUCUACUACGCCACCCUGUUGCCUGGCUUCCAGAGGACUGUGGGCAUCGCUGAUUCCAACUACAACUGGUUCUAUGGCCCAGAGAGCCAGCUCGCUUUUCUGGACAGGUACGUGCUGAGGAACGGCAGUGGGAACUGGCUGGCCAAGCAGAUCAGGAAGCACCGUGCCAAGGACGGCCCGAUGGAGCCCUCCAGCGCCCACAAGUGGUGUACGCUCCACACCGAAUACAUCUGGUACGACCCGGAGCUGACCCCACAGCCGCCCGCCCAUCACGGCACGCCCCGCCUCCACGUCUUCUCCAACUGGGGGGUGGUCACUUACGGGGGCGGCUUGCCCAACGAGCCGGGCAACACCUUCGUCUCGUUCAAGUCGGGGAAGCUGGGAGGGCGGGCGGUCUACGGGAUUGUCCACGAGAGCCCGUACUCGUGGAUUGACGGCUGGAGGAACUUCAACCCGGGCCACGAGCACCCAGACCAGAACUCCUUCACCUUUGCCCCCGGCGGCCAAGUCUUUGUGUCCGAGGCUCUGUACGGGCCCAAGUACAGCCACCUAAACAAUGUGCUGGUCUUCUCACCAUCUCCCAGCAGUCAGUGCAACCAGCCCUGGGAGGGCCAGCUGGGUGAGUGCGGCCAAUGGCUCAACUGGAUGGUGGGUGAGGCUGGCAACUCGGCGGGUGAGCUGGUGACCGCCACUCAGGAUGGAGGAAUGCUGUUCACCAGCGGGGAGGCAGCUCCCGCCUACUCCUCCGCCAUGGGCCUUCAGAGUGUCUACCGUGCCGUGUUGCUGCUAAGCCCCCAGGUCCUGCUGGUGGUGGAUCACAUCGAGAAGCGCCAAGGCUCCCCGCUCCAGCUGGUCAGCGCCUUCUUCCACAACCUGGACAUUGACUUCAAGUACGUGGCUCACCAGGCGGCUGGUCACCUCAAUGGCGCCAUGAUGGACGUCUGGGACGCUCAGUAUGCCAUGUUCUGGUUCGACCACCGCGGGGGAAGCCCAGCCCCCCGCAUCCAGGAGGCCGAGCAGGUGGCGGAGUUCAAGAAGCGCUGGACGCAGUACGUCAAUGUGACCUUCCCGCUGGGCGAGCGGUUCACACGCAUUGCCUACGUCUUCCAUGGGCCUUGGGCCCGUGUCACCGACUGCCGCUUCGCCGACGACUCAGCCCGCGGCCUCAGGCUGGUGCUGACCGUCAACGACACCGAGCUGCUGGUCUCCGUGGCCACCCAGCACAGCGACCCCACCGCCCGCUUCCGCUACCUGGGUUUCGGGGGCUACGCCAAGGUGGAAGAAGGACGGCGGGUGACCAGGUUCGGUUUCGGGUCAGCUCCGUCCGGGGGCCCCGGGAGGCCCGUGCCCACUUUCCUCCGCUUCGGGCCUGCGUUGAGGAGCCUCCUGGGUGCCGGCCUGUGCCUCGGCCUGGCGCUGGUGGCUGCCCAUUGGAAACUCUGCAUCUCCUUCGGGCGCCUGCUGCGCCUGGCCUUGUUGGCGCUCAUCACCCUGUGGUUCCUGGAGCUGGUGGUGCUGUGGGGCACGUGCUCCAGGCCCCCGUGCGGAAUGGCCUGGACCGGGGCUGGGGACAGUGCCGAGGGAGGAGGAGGACCCUCCGAGCAGUGGGAUGAUGGCCUGGGGAAAAUGUCGCCGGUGGUGGUCACCUCGCUGCCGGGCUCAGGGGCCGAAAUCCUGAGGCACCUCUUUGCCAACAGCACCGAUUUUGUCUACAUUAGGGUCCCUACGGAGCACCUCGACCUGCCCGAGGUGGAGUUCGAGUUUGACUCCUUCGUCGACGCCUGCGAGUGGAGGGAGUCGGACGCGCGGGCGGGACGUUACCGUCUGAUCCAGGGCUGGCUCCAGUCCCUGGUCCACAACACCAAGCUGCACCUACAGAACAUCGCCCUGCAUGGCCCGCCCAGGGGAGCUCCGCCAGCCAACAAUAGCCCCCCACUCAGGAAGAGGAAAGCCCGCAGGAAGGUUGACCAGAGCUCCAAGUACAAGGAAAACCUGGAGAGGGAUGCGGAAUAUGUCAUGGGGCUGAGGAGGCACCUCGCCUCCUAUCCCAAUGCCCGGGUGGUCCUCAGUUUGAGCAGCGGGAGCUGGACGCUGAAACUGCCCUUUGUGCAGGCCGUGAUUGGAUCUUCAAUGAGGGCCCUGUAUGUGGUGAGGGAUCCUCGUGCUUGGGUCUACUCCCUGCUCUAUAACAGCAAGCCCAGCCUUUAUUCCCUGAGGAACGUGCCCCAGCACUUGGCCAUGCUCUUCAGAGAAGACCAGCGAAAGGAGCGAUGUGACCCAAACUCCGGCUAUGCCUUUGAGUACGAAUCCCUCCGGAGGCAGUUCUCAUCGGCGGCCAAAGACCCGGUGACCCUCCUGGCUCACCUCUGGCUCGCAAACACCAGGGCGACACUGAGGGUAAACAAGAAGCUGUCGCCCGGCAACUACCACCUGCUGAAAUUUGAGGACCUCGUCGAGGCCCCUCAGGAAACGGCCGAGAGAAUCUACACCUUCCUGGGUUUUGUCCUCCCCCCGGCUGCCCUGAACCGCAUCCUUUUCGCCACCUCGACCAACCUGUUUCACCUACCGUUUGAGGGCGAGGUCUCUCCCAGCAGCCUCCAUGCCUGGAGGGACAGGAUGCCCCAGAAGGACAUCAGGCUCAUUGAGGACACGUGCUGGUCAGUCAUGAGCGAACUCGGCUAUACCAGGUCGACCAGCUGAGAGCUCUGCUCACCGGGGGCGGGGCUGUCUCCAAAGCCCUGGCAUAAAGACGUUGAACGGGCCAGGAAAGUUGCGGCCAAGUUGGACAAAUCGGCGUCUCAAGGCGCAGAACAACGGGGUGUGUUGUGUUGUCUGCUGGGCACAGUGCUUUCAAAGUAAUUGUAGCCGACAGGAUCUUGCAGAGGGAAUGGUGGACUUGGUGGGGGACUUUCAACACAGGAGGAAAGGCAGAGACUGGGGCAUAUUUUUAGGAACAGGAUGGAAAGGUCGAAGUAAUCUUGCAGCAUGAAUCAUUAAUAAUGUGAUAGCAUUAAUCACAUAGAGCUAAAACUCAAGACUGUGCUGUUCAAUCGAACCCAUUAAGUGAUAAUUAUCUGCAGAUGCUGUUCCAUUUCUCUGUCGCCAGUUCUUAUGCUCCUGGGCCUGAGACACGUUUGCCAAAUUGUCUAAGAAAGCAAUCUGACCUGGCUGCUCCUGAGAAUUUUACGAGCAAAAAAAUAAGAUCUCUGGCUCAGUGGGAGUUCUACUGUCAUCCACAGUGCUCGCGGUUUAUCAUUUCCAAGAAUGGCAGUGUUGGGGUGCACCGUGGGGAAGCCUUGAAAAAUGUACGGAAUCCAUAAAACUUGUGGUUACCAAAAUGAAUUGAAACAUUGGCCAAUAUAGUGAGUCUUAAACUGUCAUGGGCGGUGAGGGUGAGUGAUUGAUCGUGUCAGAGGGGCCUCGUUUCAGGUAAUGUUAAUGCCACGAUGAAUGAACAUUGACAGGACAGGUUUCUGACACUGGGUGCGAUUUGGCUUUUUGGGUUAGAGCUUGUUUGUUGUACAGUUCUUGAAGGAGCAAAUGUCACCGUGUCACACCAUUCCCAAAAUGUCAGUGAGAAGUUUGAACCUGAAGAUUUGUCUUUUUCUCUUCAGCUCCCUGCCUCUCAUGACAUCGUUGAAAAGCGGGGAAGGAGACAGGACCUUGACAGGAAACUCUACCUUUUCUAGCACUGACACGAUGGGACAAAUGGCCUCUCUGUGUUGCUAUUAGUUAGAUUCUAUAGGUAAAAUUCUCCCAGGGCUCUUUCUGUUAAAAGUGUUUGGGGGGCAAUGAAUAACUCGCCAAUCCCUUACUGCCAAGAAAACACAUUCAGUCAGCUCCCAGAAUGAGGGCAAGCUUUUCAGCUAAUCACAGGCCUCAAUGCUGGCCUGAGAUGUUGCUAUCCAAUAAGAGGCUAGCAAUGUCUUGGACUAACCCCUGCCCCACCUCCCCCAUUCUGGUAUGGCUUGUCAUGAGGUGAUCCAAUGAUAGUAAGGCAAGUAAAUUUUAUACUCCUCUCAUGGAGUUGGGGGUCAUAACGAGGGGGUUUAAGGGGUUGGGUCCGUUCCUCUGAUGGCUCCCACCUUGGUAUAACUGGAGUCCCCACCCUCAGCAUUAUCUGGCAGUUACAUGAUUUCUCAGUCAGGAAUCCAGCUGCCAUAAUCAUCCACUGGAGCAGGGUUGUGGGGGGUGGGGAUGUAGGUGGCAGCUGAUUGGAGAGGCAGUGCGUUGAGGUCCUCAAUUGGCCAAUAAUUGGUCAUUUUGGAGGUUUCAUGGUAUCAUGUUAAGGUGACGAAAGAGGCCAUUUGGUCCAUCAUGUCUGCACCAGAAGAUCAAAUGAGCAUCAAGACUGAGUACCAUCCCCCUGCCUUUUUUUCCCAUAUCCUUGCACCUUAUUUUGUAUCUAAACAAUCAUCCAAUGGCCCUUUUUAAUUGAACCAGCUUCCACCACAUUUGCAGGCAGUGUAUUCCAUACCCUAAUUGUUCGCUGUGUGAAAAUGUUAUUUCUCAUAUCACCCUUGCUUCGUUUGCACAUCAGCUUCAACCAUCUGCAAUGGUGUGAUUUGAACCCAUGAGUCCAUGUUCCCCUGAACAUUAGCAUGAGUCUCUGGAUACUGAAUGCAGUAACAUUACUGCUAUGUCACUGCCUCAACCAAACUGCAAUGCUUUUCCUGAAAUGGUGCUGGAAGCAGAAUCGAAAGGAUCUUUUUUAAAGCUAUUACGAAGGGGCAUAGUUUUAAAGUGAGUGGAGGUAGAUAUAGGGGAGACAUCAGAGGUAGGUUCUUUACCCAGAGAGUGGUCAGGGCGUGGAAUGCAU